GGAGAAGUCAAGCGAUGCCUAUCCUUCUACUAUCACAUGUUUGGUGAGCACAUUGGAACACUAACGGUCAAGCUGACCAACGUCCUGUCAGCCACUGAGCUCGUCCUAUGGGCAGCAUCGGGUGACCAAGGAAAUAGAUGGCACAUCAAGGAGUUGGAGUACAACGCGCAAGAAGCGUAUCAGAUUUCAUUUGAUGGGACAGUCGGCCCCAGCUACAGAGGAGAUAUUGCUAUUGAUAACAUUGCCAUCACUGAGGGUGGAUGCCUUAGUUCCCUGCAGGUCAACUGCAGCUUCACCCACAGCCUGUGUGGGUGGGUGAAUGCACCCGCACCAGGGGACAUACUGGACUGGACCAGACACAGGGGGGAGACAGAGACCCCAGACACUGGACCCCUAUCUGACAGGCUCGGCCCCAAUGGUUAUUAUGUGUACGUGGAGUCUUCAAGAACAACACUGGGGGACAUGGCUCGCCUGGUCUCUCCCACUAUCAGAAGUUCUCUGACAGGCUACUGUUUCACCUUCUGGUACCACAUGUACGGCAGAACUGUGGGCAACUUGACCGUGUCCAGUCAGUCCAGCAAUGGUCGUGAGACUGUCUUGUGGAGCAAGCUGGGUGACCAGGGAAAUAGCUGGCACUCAGGGUAUAUCAAUAUCACAUCAAACAUCACCAGUAGCCAGAGCUUUAAGAUUGUGUUUGAAGCCACCAUGGUGGGCUUUUCUGGUGAUGUUGCUAUAGAUGAUGUUAGCUUACAAGAAUCACUUUGCAACCAAAGAUAAUACACCCGACCCAAGACAAUAUUUCGACUACCCCAGAAUAAAUGGCAUAAACUUUAUCCCAGCCUGACUGGGUACAAUUGGUUGAUUGGAUUUCACCUUGUGACAUUUUGACCAUGUACAACUGAUAAUUUUCUAACCGGUACCUCAAGUACAUGGGCUCAAUGUUUGCCAAAGUCUACAACAUAUAGCUGUGUUACAGUGUGUUUGUGGCAUAUAAUGUUCAUUCCCGGAAUUCAUUUGUACUAGAACAGAAUUUCUGAUAAGAGACAUUGUUACGUAUUACAUAAUAAACUUACAUUGCCUGAAGAGAUUAUCUAUCAUAUAAAUGUUAAAAUUCACCCAGACAUAUAGUAAAAUUAAAAGAAAUUCACAAAAUUAUUAUUUAUUAUAUAAAUUAAUAUGCAUAACUAGUUAUAAAGUAUUUUAGUAGAGAAAUGUACUUACUCGGUUUAGUUAAAUAGAAAAGUAACAGACAUUUGUUUUAAAAGCAAGUUCUUUCAAUUAUUUACUUCUCAGAAUCAACCUAGAGACUCAAAUUUCUUUAUUAAAUAAACAAGACAACAACUGUAACAUCAAUUAAUUAGUGCAAGGUCUCAAGUUAAAAUAUACACGUAGAUUUUUUUUUUAAAUAGAAUAUUUAUAAUUAAAUUAGAAUUAUCUCCAUCUAACAUUUUGUUUUCAUUCAACAGUGCCCAUUUUGUUCAAAAUAGUUACAGGUUUACUUUCUAAAAUUUGAUUGCUUUUCAUUAUAUGUUGUCUGUCUUGUACUUAUUUAAAAACAAUCUGUUCACAAGUUCAUCUUUAAAUAGACCAGCCACCAUUUGUUGAUUCUUGUAUUACUCAGACCAAAAUAAUGCGUUGAAUGUUCCAGCCAUAUUACUUUUUAUCAUUUUAACAUGUCUUCCACACAAAGAAAAUAAGUUAUUUAGUAUGUCUAUAUUUUUCUAUCAGUUAAAAUCUGACCAUAUAUACUAUUUUAUACUAGUUAUAACCUAAGACGAACAGCUGUUGAAAAUGUGUUUGGAGUGUACAGCCACAUAUAUUUAACAGUUGAUAAACAUAAUCUUCUCUGAUUAUAAACAUGGCCAGUUGAUUUUGUUUCCUGUUGUUCAGCAGUAAAAUAAUUAUUUUUGUAAAUAGUUUCCAAAUAUGCUGAUAAUAGCAUAUAUUAUUCUACCAAUUGAAUACCAGAUAUUGAAGACAAGGCUUUUCACGGACUGCUAAUUAAAUAUUUCACCUUUCCAUUAAACUAAUCUUACUCUGGUUUCUGACAAUGGUCACCUGACCUAUUUUACUGUACAUAUUACACUCUAGUUUUCACCAUACAGUGAAGAAAUCUGUCAUGUGUGAAGAUGUUAAAUGAAAUUGUUUUCAAGCUUUCAUUGUAUACAUAUAUAUAUAUUUGGAUUGUGCAUCUGUCAUUUUGAUAUUCAGUGACAUGGUCUAGUUACAAGAUUUUGUAAAUUAUUUUAUUGAAUAAAAUGUA